AUGGCGGAGUCGGUGGUCCUGUCUCUUUACCACGCGCUCGGUCUGUGUCUGCGAAAGCUCAUUACGGAGGCCCCUGGCCUCCUGUCGUCCCCACCUCUGCACUUCAAUAGCGGUGACACAGAAGCCGGUGUGGGGCAGGUUCUCAGCCCCGCAGGCCUGGAGCUCCACUCAUACCCUUCUGUUCCUGGGACGCCUCGGAGGGUGCGGCCUGGGCUCAAGUAG